AAAAACUAAAACCACACAAUAAAUAAAUAAAUAAAUAAACGAGUCAAAAAAACUUUACGUGGCCGCUAACGAGCUGCAUACAUUUUGAGUCGAGCUGAACGAAGGCAUCUGAAGCACACUACACCGUCUGAGCCGUCAGUCAAUAUACCAGUUAUAGAUUUUCUUUUGCCAGAUAACCUCAAAAUAGGAUUAUUUUGCCCAGCUAUCUGAGAGGCCAGACAAAGGAUGUUCCUAUGGCUAAACAACUAAUAGUAACCUAUGCCCUGUGGGCGAUGGGAGGCCCUCUGGGUUUACAUCAUCUGUACCUACGGAGGGACAGCCACGCGCUCCUGUGGAUGCUUACGCUGGGAGGCUUUGGGGUAGGAUGGCUGCGAGAGUUCUAUCGCAUCCCAGAUUAUGUAAGAGAAGCCAAGAGGGAAGCAGAAGGCGUUAGACACUCCCGUGCCGCUUGCCCGCGGAUGGGCUUGGCUCGGUUCGCUGGCCAAGUCUGCGUGGGGAUCUACUUUGGCUCUGUUGCAUUAAUCAGCCUCAGCUUUCUGAACUACUUCUACCUGAUUGUGCUCCCCCUGAGCGUGGGUGCGGGGGUCCACCUGGUGUCGUGUGUUGGCCAGCAGACUUCGGACUUGCAGAAGACACUUACCGCCUGCAUUGUCACCUCAUCCAUAUUUUAUGGGAGUAGAGUCUCUCCUCUGCCCAUCAGCAUAGCGGCUAGUGUCACAGCGGCACAGCACAGAAGGUUCAAACCUGUCCGACGGGUAGGAAGCCCACCAGAGCCACUGGGGUUUCGCCUGUAUCGCCUGAGUCUAGCUCUGUUGGCUUUCUCCACUCCUCUGGGAUACUGUAUUUUUCACAACACCACAGCCACUUUGUAUUACAUUUCCGACUGCAUGUCAGCACUGCUGGACAUGUUUUGGUUCUUUCCCUGGCUCAGAGGAGUUGCAGAGUUCUUCGUCUUGUUGCCCUACCAGUUCCUGUGUGCACUGACAGGAGGCAGUCACUACGCCGAGAGCUGGCGGAAGGUUUUUGAAGUACUUCUCAAUGAAUAUAGCAAAAAAGAGACUGAAGCCAUGAAGGUGCUCUCAGUUUCUGAGGGGGCCACCAUGGAAGAGAUCAGUCGUAGCUAUAGGAAUCUGGUCAAAUUAUGGCACCCAGACCACAACCCCAAGCAGCAACAAGAAGCACAACAGAUGUUCAUUAAAAUUCAAGAAGCGUAUGAGAUACUACUCCACAGACAAACGCUUCAGAAGCGGAAAUGAUUCUUUAUUUUUAUUCUCACUUUUUAAUCUGACCCAACAUGUGUACGGUGCAUUAAAAUGGAACCAUAAGCAAAAGUUAAUUCUUUUGUUUAAUUUUAACGACGUUUUAUUGUUGCCUACGUAAACAUGCCCUUAGCAUAUUUUAAUGAAUUUGUCUCGCCUUUUGUGGACACAAGCUGAAUUCCUGUAAUAUUUUUCUGCCACCUAGUGGCAAUAUGCUAUUACAACUGGCACCGAUUGCCUAGUUCUAAAAUAUUGCUCAACACAAUAAUUUGCGGCUGACAUGGAGAACUGAUAUGGCAACACGUUAUUAAGUGACUAACGAUAAUAAAACCAUUGUUACACAAAAUUACAGUUAAUGCUCAUAAAAUGAAUUCAAUUUUUCUUUAUUACAAACUUUUAUUACCUUUAACUGACCCAAUCAAGUUAAUAAUCACUUACAAUCACAAACGCAAC